AUGCCAGCACGCAAUCAGGCCAACCAGGUCACCAUUGGUGGUGUGACCAUCACGACACAGGCGACCCCAACAAACGUUCCUCAUGACAUUGGCAAAACUCUCAUCUUGUUGUUCCAGACAUCAGGUGAUCCCAAGUUUAAUGAGGUUUUCCACAACAAAGAAAUCAACGAAUACGAGCAGGCACUUACUCAAGGCAAUGCUGCUUAUGGCUCCCCUGAUAUGAUACUUGAUCUUGCAACAAGCAUUAAAGAAGGAUGGACUGGCCAAUUUCACAAGGUCAACGAAACUGCAUUUUUGGCUCAAAAGGCAGUGGGACCCUGUUUCAACUGCGGUGGCAAGCACUCUGUCACUGCCUGCACAGAACCAAUAAAGAAAGAGCGCGUGGACAGAAUAACGGAAAUUCUUUGA